AUGACAAGCUCACAGAGAUUCCCACGUGUGAAUAUUGUGGGUGAUGACUAUGCAAGAUAUGGAACAUCGAUCUACCAGAAGUUAUAUAACAGGAACAGCGAUGGAACGAGCUAUGUUGAGAGUUGCGUAAGUGGCGGAGGUAGCAGCGUCGCGGGGAAGAAGCAGAAUAGGGACAGCGGUUCGUUUAGGGUCAAAGGCGUGUGUAGUACGAUAGGUGGCCAUGACGACGACAAACUUGUCAAGACGACGACGAUUGGAAGCUCGUUCAGUGUGUGCAACGGAAGCAUGGUGGAGGAUGUGAAGUCCAUGACGCAGCAGAGCUUGGAGACUGCAAGCGGAUCCUUGGUAAUGAAUGACGGGGAUAGUUUGAGCAAAAGGUCCAAGAUCAAGAGACGGUAUAAGUCUUUGAUAAGCUCAUCUUCGAAAAAGUUGAUCAAUAGGCUGCAUGAGCAUGGAUCAAGCGAUACGUUCUCGAUAUUUUCGUUAAGGACUUCGCACUCCAACAAACCGCAUGACUUGUUGAAAUCAGAAAAUACCAUAUACGAAAAGCGGCCUGUCGUGCAGUAUGCAGAUAUCAACGGAUUGCCAGUCGAGGUGGUGGCGAAUGUGCUGCUCAUGAUUAGCCAUGAUCAAAAGAGCCUGGUGAGCACGUUGUAUGUCUCAAAGAUAUUUUGUGAAGCUACAAAAAUCGUUCUGUACAGGUACCCGAAAUUCACUUCCACAUAUCGAAUUGGGCAGUUCAUCACAUCCUUGAGAUUACAUCCUGAGAACGGUGCACAUGUCAAAGUUUUAGACUUAUCGGCAUUGCAGAAUGGGCUUAUAGGGAAACAGGCUUCUGGCGGUUAUACCAGCAGCUACGACGACGAGGAGGCCGACGAAAACGAUGACAGAGAGACCAAAAAUACAGCCGCAUCGGAUUCUGAAAACUAUCCGGUUGAUGAAGACGAUACAAAUUAUGAAGUUGCGCUUGCCGGUUGGAGAGAUUGGCGGCAUAGGAAUGAUCCAUUUUAUGGUGCCACAUUUUUGAACAGUUACAAUCUAAAGAAAGUUGUAUCGAGAUCUUCUUCCAUCAGUUCUCAGCUAAGUUCUUCUACAGCUACAUCUCAGCCGGGAAACUCUAUGACUCAUGCUAGGAAGCACCGGUCCAAUAGCUCUGUGAGUUCCUUUACCAGCAGCAUCAUGUCAUCCUUUCAGAACGCUUCACAUGUGUCGCUAGCUACAACCAGCUCUACAGUAAAUGGAGCUGGUGGCAGUAACAGCAGUAACGGUAGUAGCAAUUAUGCUGCCGGUGGUAAAGGCAACAGCUCCAAUGGCAAAAAUAUUGGUAGCGAUCAAAACGCAAAGAAUCGUGAUUCGAUCUGGUUGAAGAUCAAAAUAGGAUCGAAAAAAAGAACCAGAGGUAAAAAUCAAAGAAUACAUGAACAGAAAAAGAGCCAGCAAGAACAGAAGCGUUCCAAUGCCACUACAACUGUAAAAUUUGACAUCACUCGGCCCUGCAAAACAAAACAUCCAUAUACCAACAAGUUUUUAUUAAAGUACGCACCUUAUUGUGACCUACCCGUUGGAUAUAUUUUACACAUUUUAAAAUUAUGCCCAAACAUUACAAGAUUCAAUCUUUCAAAUUUAAUCGUUUGUUCAGAUUUUGAACUUAUAUCAAAGAUGAAAAAAAUCAGACCAAGUUAUUCAAUGUUGCCAGCUGUUCAAGAAUCUGUUAUUACAACAACGAAAUCCGAAGCAGACUUGGAAGUCGUUUAUCUCACAGAUUCAAAUAAGUCGUAUGAUUAUUAUACCAAUACCAGAAACAGAUCUUCACUCAGUGACCAGGCAAACUUUUUCAAGUCAAGCGCAAAUAGCAAUGACUAUCCGCUACCAAUUGAGGGACAGACCAAGCGCAAGAAUUUCGCCAAUCAUCAUCAUCAGAACGCAAAUAACGUCCAACUAAGAAAAUUGAACACGGUCGAAAUAUUUGAAUUGAUAUGCAGAGAAGACAGGCCUCCUUUGGAAAUGAUCAAAAUGAAUGGAAUUGUGUGGUGCAGACAAAACAUGAUUAAAUUCCUUGUAUUGAAAAACUUCAUAAAACUGAAAAAUUCUUUGGAUAUGAAAAUGAGUUUCGAUAAGGCCGGACUGAAUAUGAACCUCAUUUGGACAUGUGAAGGAACUUUAAAAGAUUUUGUCGCAAUGAUUGUGAUCGACGAAAUUCAUAGAAGGGACGAAAUAUCUUUACGACAAAUUUUCAAAGACCAGAAUGAUCCAAGAUUCACCAAGGAUUCUGAUAUUAUUGAAAUCAGUGAAAUUUUUCCCAUCGAAUAUGGAUUGUCCAAUGAUUCUCAGAGGAAUAGCGAAGUGAAUUUUAGAGUGACUAUCCUGAGAAGUACUAAGCCCACUAGCUACCGCUUGAGACAAAUUUCAUCGUAUUAUCAUUCGCUGGUCAUUAAUCUGUGCGUUCAAGAUGCUACUGCAACUGAUACCGAUGCCAUUGGAUCCUUAUCCAACAAUGCCACUCCUGAACCCUGUAAGAGACUCCACCGCAUGGCCCAUGAUGUCGUCAACAGAAUGUGUGAAUCAAGAACAAGUCAACUGAGGAGAACCAUCGGUGAAAACAAUUACAUAAUUGCAGCAUCCACUUCCACUUCCACGUCGAUAUGA